CGUGACCAAUGAGCGUGGACUUGGUGUUGCCGGUGAAGUGCUUCUUCGACAACUGGUUCACUUCCCCUGAACUCAUUGUGGAACUGAAGAAAAUGGGAAUUCUAACAGUUGCUACCAUCAAUCGUAACCGUCUCUGUGGAUGUACCCUCAAGAGUGACAAGGAACUCUCAAAGGCCGGGCGUGGUGCACAUGAAGUGGAAUACGAAAAGACAAGUGGGAUGUCCAUCGUGAAGUGGUAUGAUAACAAGGCAGUGUUGCUGGCAUCAUCCUUCAUUGGCCCUGAACCUGUUGAGAGAUGCAGAAGGUGGUCGAAAGAGAAGAAGGAAUAUGUGGAAGUGGACAGACCCCACAUUGUCAAGGUGUACAACCACAACAUGGGAGGAGUCGACUUAGCAGACAUGUUUGCAGCUCUCUAUCGCAUUGACAUCCGCCCACGACGUUGGUAUCUGCGCAUCUUGUACUAUUUGAUUGACUUAGCACUGGUCAAUGGUUGGCUCCUCUAUCGCCGUCAUCUCACCCAGAAGCAGGAGAAGAAGUAUAUGCCACUUCUUGACUUCCGUGUUCAAGUUGCAGAUGCCCUCAUCAAGGUUGGCAAACAGGCUGACUUGAACAGUAGGAAAAGAGGACGACCGUCAUUGGAAGAUGAUCCAACGUCCCAUCAAGCUGCCCCACCUCCACCUCCACUUCAGAGGAUCUCUGCACCAUCGGUUGAUGUCAGAUUAGACCGAUGCGAUCAUUUCCCCCUCCAUGCUGAGAAACGUGGACGAUGCAGACUGUGCAAGAAUGGCUACACACAAAUGGCCUGCCUGAAGUGCAAAGUACUUCUGUGCUUUACAAAAGACAAAAACUGUUUCUUGGAGUACCACACGACAAAGUGACUUGGAAACAUGCCCUACUC